CCGAAUGGGAGUCAUCAGUGUGUAGUUUGAGGCUGAGGCAGAAGUCAUGUUGUCCGCAGUGUUGUGUGUGUUGUAGUGUGUGGUCAUGGCCAAACAGUACGACGUGUUGUUCCGGCUGCUCAUGCUCGGAGACUCUGGGGUGGGGAAGACGUGCAUGUUGCGCAGGUUCACCGACAGUGAGUUUGACCCGUCACACAUCUCCACCAUCGGCGUCGAUUUUAAGAUGAAAACCCUAGAAAUAGAUGGACUCAAGGUGCGAGUACAGAUAUGGGACACGGCUGGUCAGGAGCGUUAUCAGACCAUUACCAAACAGUACUACAGACGAGCACAGGGUAUCAUCUUUGUGUACGACAUCACCAACCAGGCAGCCUUUCAGCACAUAGCCAAGUGGGCCAGCGAUGUGGAAGAAUAUGCACCCAACAAGGUGCAGAGGAUCCUGGUAGGAAACAAGUCUGAUGAGGAGCUGAGGAGGCAGGUGACAACGGAACAAGGAAGCAAGCUUGCAGAAACCUAUGAGAUGGAAUUCUUUGAAACCAGUGCUUCCACCAGCAAUAACGUCAGAGAGGCCUUCACUCGUCUGACGGAGCUGGUGUUGCAGGCGCACAAGAGAGACACGGACAACUUGUUGUCGUCCCUGGACGAUUAUCUAGAGAAGGCCGCUCUGGAGGGCGAGGGGAGUAAAGAUACUGACGACAACGCUCAGAGGAGUUGUGCCUGUUAGCAAAAACAGCCAUGGCUGAUACCUUAAGACAUCUGUCCCCUAUUGUGACUUGACUUCAGGCCUCCUUCACAUCCUCCUUCAUGGGUUCUGGGGCGUCUUGGACAAGGGGGUGCGUGACUGGUUUCACUUUUUGCAAGGUGGUAAAUGCAGUUAGCAGCAGCUACCAGCAGAGGGCCCAGUUUUGUGGCCCGAUCACUGAAGAGUGUGGUAGCUGUGUCUGUCCAGCAAAUCUAUCAAUGCACAUGCUCUCUUCUUUUUCCUUCAUGAAAUGUAACUUUGGACUAAACAUCCACUUCA